UCCAGUGCUCCACAACCUGUGGCUUAGGAGCUAGCUGGAGGACAGUGCAUUGUAGCACAGGCAAAGAUGAAGAUUGUGUUGCUGCAAAUAAACCUGUCCCUGCUCGAAGGUGUUACCUGAGACCAUGUUCCUCGUGGCGUAUUGGAAACUGGAGUAAGUGCUCCAAGAACUGCGGAGGGGGACUGAAGGUUCGGGACGUGCACUGCGUUGACACCAGAGAACAGAGGCUUCUGCGGCCCUUUCAUUGUCAAGCUGUUUUCUACAAGCCCCCAAUGCAGACUCCCUGCCAAACCAAGCCUUGUCUGGACUGGUAUACCUCGUCCUGGAGAGAGUGCUCUGAGUCAUGCGGCAGCGGCGAGCAGGAGCGUUUAGUUACGUGUCCAGAAUUCGGACGGUGUGAUGAAAUGUUAAGGCCAAAUAACACAAGACCCUGCAACACUCACCCAUGUACCAAAUGGGUAGUGGGAUCAUGGGGAGAGUGCACAGCUACCUGUGGUGGUGGCAUCCAGCGGCGACAGGUGAAGUGCAUGAACACAAAAACUGGUGAAGCUGAAGAAGACAGUAGCCUGUGUGACCAUGAACAGUGGCCAGAGAACACCCAGAAGUGCAAUCCCCAGGACUGUGACAAUAGCGAGUCAACCUUCAUCUGUGAGCGGGACCGCCUCACGUUCAGUUUUUGUCAAACCCUAAGGAUUCUGGGAAGAUGCCAUCUUCCAACUGUCAACGUGCAGUGCUGCCGAACCUGCCGCCAGCACGGUCACAGUGCUCGGGAUCGUGGGAAUGAACGUGUCUCCAGGAGGUGAAACCGUUUAGGUAGAAGGACCCUUUAUGGGGAGGGGGAAAAACAGAGCUGUAGAAGCUUCAAGAGAACAUACAUUAUGCAGUGAACAAAAGGAACUCCUUAAAACUAGGUUUUGCCACAUGGUCUGUUCAUAUAGCAGUGCAGAAUGUUGCUACAAGUUCCUCCACUGGGGAUUUUGUAUGGUGCUCUUUAAAA